AUGGUUCCCGCGAGCUGUCCCCUCUGUGGGGGGCGGGGCACGUAUCGCCUCGGGCCUCGUGUGAAGCUCCGCGAGCAUCUUCUGGCGCAGCAUGGCUUGGGUCCCCCGCAGUCGCCAGCGCCCUCGGCUGCGGCACCCUUGUCAGGCUCGCUGCCGCCCUCCGCCUCCCCUUCACUCGCGUCUCGCCUCUUCUGCGGCCCGGCCCCAGCCUGCGCGGCCUCCGCUCACCCGCCCGCGCUGCGAGCGCCCGAGGGCGCCGAAGACUCGCAGCUAGCCUGGCUGCGCAAGCAUUUGCUCUGCGGCCUCGAGGAGCAGGAGCGGCAGACGUAUCGCUGCCCGUUCUGCUUCCCUGCGCCUCGCACGACUUCGGAGACAGAGCCUGCGGGCAACGCAGGAGGCGAGACGGGGAGAUCCAGUGGCGCCGCCGCCGCCCAGGCUACUGAGGGGGGAGAGGAGACAAACGGCGACGCGGCGGUGUUCGUGCCCGUGGACGCGGCGCGAGCCAAGGCUGUGCAGGACAGGCUGAACGCGCGGCUUGCGCAGCGCGGAGCCCUGGUCGUCGAGGAACUCACUCCCGACGAAGUGACCGCGCAGUUUGUCAAGAAGGAGACACCGUCUGGGCCCUCCUCCGCGCAGUCUCGCCGCAGACCGGCCGGCGGGGCGCACUUUUCGCUUUCAGCGCAGCCUGCGCGCGCCUAUGAACUGGCACCGCAUGCGGCCUGCGGGGGGCGGGGCGCGUCUCUGCCGUCGCCUUCGCCGCCUGCAGGCUCUUUUUCUGCUUCCAUUGUCCCCGCCCCGCGCGUCGACCUUUCCGGCUUGUCUCUGGCGAACCAGCAAGUCAUCGCGCAGCUCGUGCGCAUGGGCUACCCGUUUGAGCGCGCGGUGUCUGCUAUUCGGCAGGCCAAUUUGUCACCUGUUCUGCACGUCUGCGUGGAGAAGGCGGAGGAGCUUGAGGCGAACGACUUGAGCAAACUGCUUCUGGAUUUGGGGUCCGUGGAGGCCCGCGAAGAGAUCGAUGCCGCGCGCGCGCUGCGCAGUCAGAAGGCGCAAGAGAACCUGCAAAUCGGCGUGGAGCCUCUGUGGGAAGAGUUUCCCGACUUCAUGAAGCGAUUUGUCGCCGCGUCGCCGCUCUUUACGGCGCGGCUGACCUCACAGGUUCGCGUGCGAGUUCUCCUGCACGAACUCCUGCGCUUGCGAGCCUCUGCCCUCAAAGCGUACCCCUGCGUCGCCCCUGUCUACCUCCAGACGCGAGACCGGCGCCUGGCGCGCCUCCUCCUCUGCCUCGCUCGACAAAGGGCACCGACGGCCAACACCCACCAUCGCCGAAUUCUGCUGCAGUGCUGCCGGCGGGCGCUGGAGGGCGGGGACAGGGUAGGCGACGAGUGGCGGAGGGCGCACGAAGAAAGGCGAGAAAGUCGAGGGAACGCGCACGCAGCAGGAGCGGAAGCGGGCUCCUCGUCAACUGACGCCUCGCCGCCCUUCCACCCACUGCCGGCUUCUCUCUUUCCCGUGUUUCCUCCUUGCGGCCGCGCGAACACACUGGCCUCGCUGGCGUCUUCGCCAUUCCCCUCUUCGUCGCCCUCUCGCUCGUCGCCCAGCUCGUCUCAGUCAGCCGACGGAUUCCGCCGCGAACCGCUCACGCGCCGCAGACCCCGGACCCGCGCUAGCGUAAACCCGGAAGGCGGGCCCUCUGGGGUGUCGAGCCAAAGUGAGGCCGCGGCCUCUUCGAUCGCUCCAGCGUCUCAGGAGAAGCCGACGGGAAGAGGCCAGCGGAGGGUGACCCGAGGCCUCGGCGAGGACUACGACCGACCGACGACGCCGAUUGAGGACGCGCCCCCGAGUCGCACGAGAAAGGCGCGCAGCACGGCCGCAAAUCAAGGCGGCUCGCCACUGCCUGACGCCGACGCCGCAGCUUCCCGGUGUGCAGGCGGUGUACGUACACCCAGCCGCAGCCCCGCAGGAGGCGGGAUCGAGGGGGGCGACGACUGCUGUGCGGAUGCCGCAUGCUUCGGCGUGCAGGACUCGCUUCCUCCUCUGCAGCGAGGAGCGCAAGAGCGCACAGCUGACCGCGGGGUGCGGCUCUCACAGAAACGUUUUGUGGAGGGGGGAGCGAGCCAGGAAGGAAGCCCGCCGGUGCACGCUCCAGAGGCAGGCGCUUCCCAGCCUCGGCCUUCGGAAUCAGAAAACGAGCCGCAGAGGCGAUGCAGAGACGCGUCGGAGGGAAGCAGGAGGGACGCACGGGGCGGGGGGGCAGGCGCUGGAUGCUCCGUCGAAUCCAGCGGAAAAGAGACAGAAACUCCGCAGGCCACUGGCGCUCAGGAUGCGAAGAGACGGGGACGCAGCGCGCGACGGAGCCCAGAAGGCGGUGAGGCCCGAGAGGAGGGCGAAGAGGCUCGCGGGAUGGACGACCGAGCGAAGGAGGAGGAACGGCAGAGGGAGAAGGAUUUGCUGGCGUUGCUGGAGGAGCGGUGGAAGGCAACAAGCGACGACGAGGACGCGAAAAAAGGCGAACUGCUUGAGGCGUUUAUUCUAGACCAAAAAGAGGACUUGCAGGAGACCCUCUUUUUCUCCAACAUAGGUUCCGUUGGCGCUCCGCCUCGUUUUCUCUCUGCGCACUCCAGGUUUUCCCUUAUCGUCGCAUUUUUUUCUUCCUUUUCUUCUUUGCUCUCUGCCUUUCUUUCGUCCCCGGAAGCUUGUCUGCCGGCCGCCGGUGGCGAGAACGUCGCCGCCGCCAACGCGCUCGCAGAGGCGCGGCGCAGGGAUCUCCUCGGAGAGACUGUCUCUUCGGCGCGGGCGGCGCCGUCUUCUCUUCUUCGGCAGGUGUAUGUACGCCUCCACCCAUUGCUCUGGCCGCCCACACUGGUUUUUCGGGUGACCGAGGACGCCGCGCUUGGGCGACAAACCGCAGUUGCUCUCGCUGCGCUUUUCUGUCCCGCCUCGCGUCUAACGCAGCUGCCGGAGUCCUUCAUCUGCUUCACCGCCACGCCUCCUUCUAGCGAAAGAGGCGAGGCCGCCGAUAGCGACGGCCAGGAAGGCGAGAGGGACGCCGGAGACAACAUCGCUUCUCGCGUCUGCGAAGAGGAAAAACAAAAACUUGUUCCUUCUGCAUGCGCGGGAGACAUGGGAUUUGAGCAAGUCGCGGCCACCCAGCCUGCCGAGGGCGACGCCGAGGAGAGCAGCGGAGGACGUGGGGGCGCGGGCGAUGCGUCCGCUGCAGAUCCACGCGAAAACACAGAGAAGAAGGCGAGCGAGGCGGAGACCGCGCAAGAUGAAGACGCGGACGACGACUGCAUGAUUCUGGGGGAAGUGCCUGCUGGCGCGAACUGCGCCUCGUUUGCAUCUCCUUGCCCCGGCCUCUCGGCGUCGUCCUCUCUCUCCCUGCCCGCACCCGCCUCUCGCUUCCCCUCGGCUUCCGCGUCUCCGCCGGCGCGAGGCCCGACGGCCUCAGACGACGGUGGCGCGGGGAUCGAGGAGGAACCGGGAGGCUCCGACUCCGAUGAGGACCUUCGGCGGGCGAUCGCGGCCUCGAUCGUCUCGUACAACCAGGAGCAGGCUGCGAAGCGCUGUCGGAAUGCGCUCAUCACCGACUUUUUCCAGUCUAGCAAAAAGCCAAAGACCUGCUCGGCGGGCGUGGAGGCGUCCGCCAGGCCCAGCGACGCGUUGUCCGCGUCGGCGUCUUCUUCGCGUCCUGCGUCUGCCGCGGGUCGUUCGCGGGGCUCCCGCUUAGCAGGCGGAGCUGCUUCGCUUCUUCGUGCGGCGUCCGCCGCGAGUCUCUCUCGCCGGAAAGGCGCAGAAGGGGCGAAACCUCCAGGGCGAGGCAAGCGAGACGCGAGCGUGGUCGGCGUCGCGUCUCCCGAACCUAACAGACCCACAAAGGGGCAGAAAGACGGCGCUGGAGAGAACUUCGCGACCGCGGAGAGUGGCGCGGAUGCAAUCCGCACCGCGGAAAGCCACGCAAAAGCACAGAGAGCGGCGCGCGGCGGAGAGAGGCCGCACGCCAGAUGGAUGCCGACUCCGACCGGACGCGGCGGCGAAGGCACGAAGGGGACGCAGUUGGGGAUGUCGGGAAGUCCCGCGGCCUCUGCGACUGCCGACCAAGCAUGCAGCGUGCCGCCCUCGUCCUGCGUGCCUCGCUCUCCCCCCUCGACUGUGGCUGCGUCCUUUGCGUGUGAAAACCAGCGUUUCGCGCCGCAAGGCGUGGAGCGCGAUGCGUGCUGGAGCCGGGGAGGCAUCAAUACAAGAGACGAGGAAGACGAGGAUACCAUAGAGACGGCGUUUCGGGAGCUCACGCUGGAGCUUUGCGACGACCGACUUGCCUGCGCGCCUUCUUCUGCGGCGAGGACGUCAAGAGCAAAAACAGCCGAAAGCUUCUGCACACCAAUCAUAAAAACCGCGAAUACGUGGAGCCUCGUGAGCUGUCCGUACACCCCGUCAAUUCAGUCGUCGCGCUCCCCUGCGAGAAGCGGCCAUACGCCUCGAGCGUCUGCGGCGCCCCACGCAUCGCCACUUCCUUCCUCUCAGGAGCUCCGGCGUGCCUCUUCGGGCUCGCCGUUACCUCCAUCUUCUUCGUCUGCGCCUUCCCCCCGCCUCCUGUGCGCGCCGGCUCCGCCCCCCGUGUGUCACUACACGGCCUGCUUCUCAGCGUUCGCCGAGGCGAGCGAGCAGGAGAAGUUCGGGCUCCUCGCAGACAUCAUGGAGGAGCUCUGGCACGCAGCUUACGCCGAUCCCCGGCUGGAUGGCGAAGACGAAAGUACGCCAGCAGACAGAGGAAGCAGAGCUCUCCACUUUGACGACCACAGCGCGACAGCGCAGCCAGUCGCGGGGCGCGCGAGCUCGGACGGCGUGGGCAGCCUUCGGGGCUCAGAUGCAGUAAAAAAUGCUUCGUACGAAGCAAGUGACUCCGGCGGCCCCCAGACGCCUUGGCUAUUGACGGGACAGUCAAAAGACGAGAAGAGGCGUGAGGAAAAGUGCCCUUUCUUCCUCCGAACCGGCAACUGGAUAGAGCUAUCGCGGUUUCUAUCGCCUCACAUGCGUCGCAAUCUCGAACGCGCGCGGAAGGCCAUAGACAGUCGGAGGCCGAAAAGGAGAGGAGGUGCUCACAGCCUUAGUGGCGGCGGCGUCCAUUCAGGAGAACCAACAAACAUGUCCCAUACAGAGGGAGGAGAGGCAGGAGACUCGGAGAGCAACGACGACGCGGUAGAGUGUACCGGGAGCCGUGCGGGAUAG